AUGUUGGAGCUCCCGGGACGAAAUCCUAAAGAUAUCCCGAUAACCGUGUCUUCCAACCUGCCAUCAGGCGUAACGGAUCGUUAUAGUAUACCCGCCAGCUUCAAAGGAAAGCUGCUCCGUCUUCGGAAAGACACAAGCUCAGGAAUCCCCUAUGAAGAGAUUGCACGAAACUUCGACCAAUGCAUUCGACCUCUUUUCAAACCAGAAGAGCUCGUCGAUCAGGAACUUGUCUGUCUUCCCAGAGGACUAGUUCAACUAUGCAAUGAGCAGCUUCUAGCGGCGGAGCAAAUCGGGUUGCGUCCCAGAAGACGACAAGGCGUAUAUCUCUCUACGACAGAGACAUUCGGGCUUCUGAUAACUGACAUGACCACAUUCGCUAGUCCUGGGACCACGUUAUCCGAGUUGAAGCCUAAGUGGCUCGCCCAAUCUCCGUCAGCCCCAGCUAACUCUCGACGGUGUCGGACAUGCGCACUCCGCGAAAUGAAGAAUCACAAGGCGCGCAAAAUCGGCAAGUCUGAAGAAACAUCAUUCUGUCCGUUGGACUUGGUGAGCGACAGAUUCGAGAAUGUUCUCCGAGCGGCCCGGUUCGUCAAGGGAUGCAAGGAUCGGGUCCGGCUGGCAAAGGUACUCUAUCGGAAUAGUACCCUGCAGAGACUCCUAGCACACCAGAAGAGCAUGUGCGAUGUGGGGCUCCAUGGUCCUCCUGUCACCUCGGUCGAAAAAUCGCUCGGGAUGACUCUCCGUGACUGUACAAUGUUUAUCAGGAUUCCGAAAGAUGAGACCAGUCGGAUCGAAGUACGCCUCGGAGACCUAGAUCUCAAGACUGGGGCGGGAGGCAAGGCGAAGUAUUGGCUUGAUUUGGAACAUCGCCUGAUUGACGAGGGCUGGUACAUGGGAGCGAGUAGCAGUGUAUCUGAGAAUGAGUGUGCACUACAAGGCCCACGCAAUCACUCUCAACCGUCGAUAUGA